AUGCUUGAAAUGGUUAAUACAUACAGGGUUGGUGCUAGUCAAGGUGAAACCCUGGAACUCUAUGAAGCCUUAAGAAAUUAUGCUAAAAUUUAUCGUCCUUCUGGACCACAUUCUCGAGCACUUACAAAAUAUGAGCUAGCCUUAAAUGAAGCUGCUGCUCAAAUUUGCCGAUUUCAACCCGGUUUACUUUUUCAUAAACGAGAUCUGUAUCAUCUUGCUAAGGAAACAGUUGAACGUUCACAGACCCUCUUAAAUACAGAGAGAAGACAACAAAAUCAACAAUUACAACAGCAAGCACAACAAGCACAGCGACAACAAACCCAAGCAAAACAAAAUAUGAAUGCUCAACGUCAAGCAAAUCAAACAAAUAUGUCAAAACCAAAAGUCUCUCUCCCUACAUCUCAACCCCCACGUACUACACCUCAAACUGUAGCAGUUGGAGGUCGUGUAGCUAGUUCUCAAUUAGCUAUGUUGGAAUCUCGCGGUCUUUCUGGUAUUCAACAAUCAAGUACAGUAGUAUCAACAUCUAGUUCUAUAACUUCUAUUCAUGAGAAUUCUAAUUCAGAUAACUCACUUCUAACUUCGAAUCUUCAAAGCUCAGGAGUAAAUACGCUUCAGUCAAACAAACCACGGGUAAUGACUAAUGAUAGCACUGUUCAAUACUUAUCUAGCCUUCCUAUUGCUAAACGUGAUUCGGCAUAUAAACUUUUGCCUAACGAAGAGGAAGCCAUUCGGAUUGCUGCAGUUGAUGUUUUAUCAGAUAUGCCACAACUCCAAAUCAAACCAAAAGCUGAUUGUACAAAUAUCGAACGUGCUUGCUGGGAUCAAGCUCGACAGUUGUCAGCACAAAAUUUGGGACUCACAGAUUAUCACUCUGGUAAUUUGUCAGUUGAACAUAUUAAUCAAAUUCAAUCCCUUGUGUCCAAUGAACUCCGGUUGGAUAGCGUUCGUGAAGCAGCUGCAUUGUAUGGGCGCCUACCUGGAGGCAUCCAACCGCCAAACGUAGCAGGACUACCACGAUCUACACCCGUACCUGUACUAACUCCGUAUGAGGUUGCUUGUAAUGAAGCUGCUUCUUACUUGGCUUCGGGUUUACCAAGCCUCCUCACUCAUAGACGUGAACUUGCUGAAUUAGCAAAGAAGGUGGUGAGAAAUUCUGGAUGUUUAUUUACACAUACUCCAACAUCAGAUAAAUUACCAAUUGGUGGUGGUGGCUACCGAUUCUACUGCUCAGAUCAACUUCUUGAACUCGAUCUUUCAGCAGCAGAACAACUUUUAUCCAAUCCUCUUGAUGGUAGUGAUUCUCCAGAUUCUGGUUGUGAUGUAAGCCUCGAAGACAGUGAUACAGAUGCUCUUUCAUCUAAAUGUGAAUCUCUUAUUCUAACUUGUCAAGAGUGCAAUAAUAAAGUUAGAAUUCUGAAUUUAAGUGAUUGUGGUUUUACCGGCAUAGUCCCUGCCCAUCUUAACCAAUGUGUUAACCUAGUUGAACUUAAUCUCUCUGGAAACGCAUUGUAUGCCUUCCCAAGAUGUUUGCAUUUACCGAAGUUACGUCGAUUAAAUCUAAGUGGAAAUCCUAAUUUACUACGAUCCACGCAACGUGGUGUUCCUGUCGAACCCCCACUUGUUGAACAAUUCCCGAGAUUAGUUACAUUGGACCUGGAUCCUGAACUCGCUCUUCUACUUUCUCCACAAUCACUAGCCUACUUAUGUCCAUAUCUAAAAACAAUUAAUGGUAAAGAUUUUGUUGAUGAACCAACUGAAGAUACUAUUAAUACAGCUCAAACGGCAAAAAAUGAUUUAUCAGCUUUGAUCUAUUCAAAAUGGGAAGAUGAUAUAGCUGGAUUUUACAAAAAAGGCUUACCUAAACGAGAUACAAUAUGUGUCAUUGAAACUCUUGUUUUACAUGCUGUCAAUCGAAGUUUGGAAAUAUCUCAACCAUUUACCCAUUGCAAGAAUAUUUUGGCUCGGAGAAUCGCGGAAGAUUUUCUGGCUCCAAAAAUGUUGGAUGAUGAAUGUGAAGAUGAAACAUUGGAUAAAUUCACACAUACUUAUAUUAGUGAUGAUGAAGGUGCUGCCAGUGACAGUGAAUUAGAUACAGAAGAGGAAGAUGAUUCUUACUGUAAAGAAAAUAAUCAUAUUGAAAAAAAUUCUGAAAAUCAAAUAAAUGAACCUUUAGAAAAGUCACAUUUACAAAUGAACUCCUGUUCAGUUUCCACAGGUACGAUACGUAAAAAACCAAAGAAAGUAGUUUCAACAGAAGCCUUUCAAGCAUCUGUUGCUGAGCGUGAGGCUUUAGCUGCUGCAGCAAACUUAACUUUAUUACCGGAUGAACCUCCUAAUCGACUUAUUAAUGUGGUAGGUCAGGCUUUACGUCAUGGGAAAACAGUUGUGUAUGAAGUAAUGAGAACUGCUGCUAGACAGCCUGAUGGCGAAUUAAUACCUGUUGGUGGGUUAGGGACAACCACUAGUUCUACUAAUUUGACUACUCUUCAAACCAAUUCACAAAUUGAUGGAGCCUUAAAAAAUCAUCAGGAAGAUAUGUAUGAUGAAAGUGAUACAGAGAACACCUCUCUUCCUGAAUCUAUUCAUCCUCAACCUCCAGCACCAUCUGUUCCUACUCCCGUUAAAACUGCUCCUGUUAUAACAAAAUUACCAACUAAACAGCCAACAGGGACUCGAAGACCAGGUUUACUCAGUCGUGUUGCAAACACUAUUUCUGCUGAAAUAAAAGGCAAUCGUGGUUCAGUCACAUCCACAGGCUCACUUGAAAAUUCUACGAGUGAUAUUCCUACAAUAACACAGCGUCGUUUGAAAGCAUCCGAUUUUAUCAUCAAACCGUCUACAAGUUCUUCAGGUACUGCUUACAUAGUUGCAAAUGUAGCUACUCAAGCGAAACCAACCACUCCAAGCUCUGUAACCAAACGUGGUCGUCCUGCAAUUACUCAAAGUUUGGCUAAAAAAGCUGCUGUAGCCGAAUCGGAGGCUAAAGAAACCGAAAAGUUGUUGAAGAGUGUGACUAUCCCACCUCCUCAUGCUCCUCCUCCACCAACAAUGCGUAUGUCAACGCGAGAUUCUAACAGGCAUAAACGAUUUAGCGCAUACGGUGUCAUUGACACUGCAGCAGCUUUGGCUGGUAAGGAAGAAGCUCUACUAGCUGCUGUUUUAGCUCAAGAAGAUGAAGAUAACGAAAGUCCAGAAACUCUUUUGAAAGAUUCGUCGGUUGUUCUCUCUGAACAUGAUACUGCAGCUGCAGAAGCUGUCGCUGCUGUAGCGAAAGAAGAUGAAGUGAUGGAGCAAAAUAAUCAGCUAGAAUCUAAACAGGAUAUAUCUUUGAAUUCGACUGCAGUUGAGCAGACAGCAGAACCUCUCCCCAUUACAAAUGACACUGAAGAGGGUACAAAGAAAAAGCGUAAACGUGUCGCUGGACCUCAAACUCCUCGUGUACACACUGAACCGUCGGUGGUUGAUAAUGAGCCUGAAACCCCAACGACUACCCAAACGCUUACUCGUAAACGUGCUGCAAUAUCACCUAAACCUCAAGAACCUAAAAGAAAACCACCUUCUACUCAUUCUCCACUAUCAGUGUCUGUUAAUCUUACUCCAGUUGUUCUACCACCGGUAACAGAAAGUAAACGAAGUCUCAGUCAACUCGGAGAGAUUGUUGACUAUGAUCCCCUACAUUUUAUUCGGUGUCACGCACGAGACAACGACCCAUUAGAUUGCGAAACCAAAGUAUGGCGAUGUGCAUUCGAACCAAGUGUUAAUAAUCCAAGCAAUGAAACGUCAACUAUUGUAGCUACAUGCGGUGGAGAAUGUGUCUGCCUUAUUGAUUGUAAAUCAGGACGUGUAAUGAAACGUUUCAAACACUUUGGUGAAGAAUUUUACACGUUAGCAUGGACGACUGUUGAAAUGGCUGCGGGGCACAGAACAAAUCUAUUGGCUGCCGCUGGUAAACUACGUGAAAUUCGAUUAUUACAUCCUGAACAAUUAGUAUGCUAUGCUGAAAUGCGCGGUCACAAAGAUGAUGUUGCUUGUAUGAUAUUUCAUCCUGAAAAGCCUACUAUCUUAUUUUCUGGUGAUUCUAAGUCCUGCAUUUUAGUAUGGGAUAUUGGUAUACCAUCUGCACCGGAAUAUAAAACACGUCAUCAACUACUUAUGCGUUUAGUAUGCCCUAGAGCUAAUUUAAAUCCUGUUUUAAAUCUUGUAUUUUUAAAAAAAUACGAUGCCCUUGUUGCAGGAUGUGAAGAUGGAAUAUUCUCUUGGACAUUGAAAGAUUUUCGUAAAGAAAAAUUAAGUGAUGAAAAAGAAGCUGAAAUUGAAUUGAAAGUUCCUACUCGUCGUGAACCAUGUUUUGAUGGUUUGGCUCAAUUAUCAGAUGAUUUAAUUGUAACAAAAUGUGUUGAGGAAGGUGAAAUUUAUGUUAUUAACUUCGGACAGGUUGUUAAUCGUCGUAGACGUAGUGGUGCAUCUAAUAAAAAAUUAAUCAAUGUUGAAAUUCGUGGUCAAUUACGUUGGCAUACUACAGAAGAAAUUUAUAUUAAUGUUACUGCUAGACCUGGUUUACAUGCUGUAAUAUGUGGAGAUAAUGAAGGUACUAUAUGGUUAUAUGAUCUUCAAAAACAAGUUAUUGAUGAAUCAGAAAAUCGUAAAUUUAAAUCAAAACCUGUAAAGAUCCUUGAAUGGCCUGAAUGUAGUAUUGGUGGAGCAAAAGAUGAAGAUAAUCAAAUUAAAGAAAGUAUUACUUCCGGUUUUAAAAAUCCUGUAGUGAAUACAACUGAUAUUAGUCAUGAUGGACAAUAUUUAGUUGCUGUAACUGAUAAUAAUUUAGUGUGUAUUUGGAAGUUUUCUGGUUAA